AUUAAUUUCAUUUUGUCCCAUACCAAACUCUAAUAAAUUCUCUUCAACAACCUCUUCUUCCUCAUAUUUAGCUCAAUAUAUUUUCACUUUCUCCAAAUAAACAUAUUGUUGUUCUGAAAAUUUUAGUUCUUGUAAAAAUUACAUAGAAAAUGGCAAGCAGUUUCAGAAGAAUUGGGAAAUUGGCUACAAUUUCUUCCAAAAAUCAAAGUAGGAGAUUUUCGUCAACAGUUGAUCAGACGCUUAAAAAAAGUGAAGGAAUCAGUCCCAGCAAAUCUGUCAACCUUUUUACUGCUAUUAAUCAAGCUCUUCACAUCGCCUUAGACUCUGAUCCUCGUGCUUAUGUAUUUGGAGAAGAUGUUGGUUUUGGUGGUGUCUUUCGUUGCACUACUGGAUUAGCUGACCGAUUUGGAAAACAGAGGGUUUUUAACACUCCUUUAUGUGAGCAGGGCAUAGUUGGAUUUGCUAUUGGUCUGGCUGCAAUGGACAAUCGAGCUAUAGCAGAAAUUCAAUUUGCAGAUUAUAUUUUUCCUGCUUUUGAUCAGAUUGUCAAUGAAGCUGCGAAAUUCAGAUAUAGGAGUGGUAAUCAGUUCAACUGCGGAGGCUUAACUAUAAGAGCACCUUAUGGAGCUGUUGGACAUGGCGGGCAUUACCACUCACAAUCCCCUGAAUCUUUCUUCUGCCAUGUUCCUGGUAUAAAGGUGGUCAUCCCACGCAGUCCACAUCAAGCAAAAGGAUUGCUGUUAUCAUCCAUACGUGACCCAAAUCCUGUAGUCUUUUUUGAGCCAAAGAUGCUUUACCGGAUGGCUGUUGAAGAAGUUCCUGAAGAUGAUUAUAUGUUGCCUCUCUCCGAGGCAGAGGUCAUCAGGGAAGGUAGUGAUAUCACAUUAGUUGGUUGGGGAGCUCAGCUAUCUACUAUGGAGCAGGCAUGCAUUGAAGCUGCAAAGGAAGGGAUCUCAUGCGAACUGAUAGACCUUAAAACUUUAAUACCAUGGGACAAGGAAACAGUAGAGGCUUCUGUCAAAAAGACAGGAAGGCUUCUGGUUAGUCAUGAAGCUCCUGUGACAGGUGGAUUUGGUGCUGAAAUUUCUGCAUCUAUAGUUGAGCGUUGCUUUAUGAGAUUGGAAGCUCCAGUGGCCAGAGUAUGUGGGUUAGAUACCCCUUUUCCUCUCGUCUUCGAACCCUUUUACUUGCCUACAAAGAACAAGAUACUGGACGCAAUCAAAUCUACUGUGAAUUACUAAUGCUCUUCCACUCAUGUGGAGCCACUGCCACACUAGAUUGUUAUUUCAACUAAUUUAUGCAUUGUGUAGUUCAUGAUUGGCUGUUCUGUAUUAACAUACAAGUUCAAAACAUUCCCUGUUAUUUCUACUGCUAAUAACAAUUAAUUCAAAGAAAAAUCUAUAUUCGGUUACCCCUGUCA